UGAUAAAAACGUCACAGUAAUGCACAAGUAAUCCACAAUUGUGUCUUGUGAAUUGAAAAGCUGUGUGUUUAAUAAACGAAUCCAUCAAGACUAUUUAAAGUACUCCUCUAUCCAUAAUAUUGCUUUCUCCAGUGAAAAAAAGUUGUUUUGUCUGAAUCAGGAGAGAAGUCGAUACAAAGGUCAAGCACUGUUUAUGAGUUAAAACAGUCUAAAACAGUUCUAAACAAUGUUGGUGGAUUUUUGAUGUGAGAGGACAAGAGAGGAUGGACAAUUUUUAUUUAUUUUUUUUUACUGGAGGAAGUGUCAUGGAUUAUGGACUGGUAUUUUGUCCAGAAACGACACUUUGAAGUCAAAAAGCAUUAAUGAGCAAUUUCAUAAAAUCUGUUCCGUUGAUGAAACAAACUCGUCUACAUCUUGGAUGGCCUGAGGCCAAUCAGAGUGAAAGGAAAGCUUAAUUAGUGACAGAACCCUGCUCAAACAACUCGGAAAGGACCGAACUGUACGCCAAAGGAAUGCAGAGGAAAUGAGAGGAAGCUUUAUCGCUCAUUUGCAUCAGCGCUGCAUGAAUAGAGGUGGAGCAACGCAUGCAGCCCAGCACUAUAAAACCAUCAGAGCUGCGGCUUUAUUGGACCUCUGCUUCUGUAACUGGCUUCAUAUAUGCCUGGAACACAACUGACUAAGGGUGGCCCACAUCUCUGCAGAACUUCUACUUCACAGUAUCCCAGCGCUCAAAACACAAAGGAGCUGCAACCACUCAUGGCGAAUCCAGUCCGUGAAACUACAGAGCAGAAGAAACAGCAGCCGCAGGGACCUGAGAGGCCAAAUUCACCUCUGAAGUUUAAAGCAAAGCUCAUGCAAUGGGUCUCUUACAUUGCUGGAGACAUGCCCGCAUUCGGUGAAUGGAUGAAAGGGCAAUUUAUCCUUCUCCAGAUUCUGGACUGGGUGCUGCGGGGAGCUGCUCAGGUGAUGUUUGUGAACAACCCUCUCAGCGGACUGAUCAUCUUUGCUGGACUGAUCCUGCAGAACCGAUGGUGGGCACUCAAUGGUUUUGUUGGCACUCUGUUUGCUACAAUUUCUGCCCUCAUCCUUGGUCAGAACAGAGGUGCAAUUGCGAACGGCCUGUAUGGAUAUAACGGCAUCUUGGUUGGUCUCCUGAUGGCGGUUUUCUCGAAUGCAGGAGAUUGGUAUUGGUGGCUGCUGCUUCCCAACAUUUUCAUGUCAAUGGCAUGUCCCAUAGUGUCCAGUGCCUUGGCUUCCAUCAACAGUCGGUGGGGCCUGCCCGUUUUCACGCUGCCGUUUAACAUACUAGUGUGUCUCCACAUGGUGGCUACAGGCCACUACAAUCACCACUUCCCUCAGGUUCUCUUCCAGCCACGCACAUCCAUGCAUAACUUGACAUGGUCUGAGCUGGAUUAUCCUAAGCUCUUCCGCUCAAUCCCUGUGGGUAUUGGGCAGGUAUAUGGGUGUGACAAUGCUUGGACAGGAGGGAUAUUCAUGAUCGCCUUGUUCAUCUCCUCACCCAUAACAUCUGCACAUGCCACUAUUGGAUCAGCAGUUGGUAUGGUGUCAGGUCUUGCUCUUGCUGCGCCGUUCCAGAACAUCUACUUUGGCCUGUGGGGUUAUAACUGUGUUUUGGCCUGCAUUGCCAUUGGUGGGAUGUUCUACGCUCUCACAUGGCAGACACAUCUUCUGGCUGUGGCCUGUGCAUUCUUCUGUGCAUAUCUCGGCUCGGCCAUCGCAAAUGUGAUGUCUACUUUUGGACUACCAGCAUGCACCUGGCCCUUCUGUCUCUCUGCCCUCACUUUCCUUUUGAUCACCACUGAGAUAAAAAGCAUUUAUAAACUGCCUCUUGCUAAAGUCACCUACCCUGAGAAAAACCUGAUAUACUUCUGGAAGAUGAAGAAAGAGGAGAGGAUCGACAAACAAAGAAAAAAACAAGAGAAAGAUAUAGAAUCACAGCAGAGGAAAGAGGAAAUAUUGGCUGCAAUAGAAAUGAAAGAUCCUGAGCAUCUUGAUGUUUGCACUGUGGAUGUUCCGCAAGAGGAAACCACACAAAAUAGACCAGAUAGGAAUGCAGAGGCAAUUCAACCCAAUUUAACUCAAUUAUAAAUUUCCCUUAAAUGGUUCACAUGAUGUUUAUUUGCUGAAGGAAAAUGCCACACAAAAAGUAGCUUUUUUCAAAAAAAUAAAAAGUGCUAUAAAGUUAUCCCUAUUUA